AUGAUCAUGGCAACUUGGCCGAACACCCAGCGCGCAACGGACAUGAUGCACUGGUGCCAGCGCGUGGCGCUUGCUGCAGAGCCUCCGGUGCCGGAGCACAUGGAGGUCGAGACGACGCUGGAAUACUUGUCCUGGCCUGGAGGCAACUGCCAAACAGAGCGCAGACCCGCCGUGCUGCCCCUGCCACCAGCAAAGCGCCGGCGAGCUGCUGUCUGGCAGUCUUAUUGGCCGAGCUGUGAAAUGCUCGGCACAGAGAUUGAUGUGGGAGAGCUUUGGGUGCGCAUGCUGCGAUUCGAGGAGCACUGGCGCAGCCAUGACCUGGAGCUGUGUUCGGGCACAGCUUUGGUUCUGUGCCUGGGCAAACAUGCCCGAUUCGAGCUUUUUGCCCACCAGCUCAGCAACCUGGACCGGCGUGUUGACCAGGACUCGGCGAAACUGGAAGGAGCCCAGCGCCGCCUCGAGGCGGAGUCUGCACGCAACGAGGGCUUCCAGAGCUCAAUCCAGGCCACGUUGUCCGGCCUAUCAGAACGUGUGGACACGGGCCAUCAAAGGCUCACUGACGAGAUCGAAGCCAAGUGCCAGGAGGUCGGCAGUGAACUGUCGAAGCGAGAAGCAGAGAACCAGCAGGCUCUGUCCAGCCUUUCGAAUCGACUGCAGGAUGUCGAGUCGCAUGGCGAAGUUGCAGCUCGCGGGCUUCGGGCCUUGGAGCCCUUCAUCGAGCGAGUCACCUCCAGGCUUGAGGACGUCGAGCAGCUGCAGCCGGUGGUGGACAGCAUGAGGUCUGAGCUUUCAGCUUCAAGUCAGGUCCUGCGCACGGCCAUAACAGCAGAAGGCAAACUCAUGGAGGAACGUCUCCAGACUUUGCGCGAAGACAUAUGCUCAUCCCAGGAGUCUGACAGGCUUCGGUUGGUCAAAGACUUGCAGGAGGUGAGGAACGUGGCAGAGGCCGCUUCCGAGCAAGCCAAAGAGCUCACAAAUGCCCUAGCUGCCGGGAAGGAGGAGGAUGCCCGCGCGCUGGAGCGGCUGCGACAAGAGGCAGCGGCCAACCACAGGAACCUCCAAGCGGUGGAGGCUCGUCUGCAUGACUUGCGAACUGGAACAGCUGCCAAUCUACAAGGUUCCGAGCAGCGACUCGAAGACAUGUUCAGACAAGAGCUGCACAGUGCCACUGACAAAGCCUUCGCGCAGGAUCAGGCAGUCAGCAAGAAACUGGAAGGCGAAUUGUAUGUGCAAAUCGGAGCAGUGACUGCGGAGAUCAAGGAGCUGAAGUCCGUGUCGAUGGACAGCUCGGAGAAGCUCCGUGUCGUCGAGCAGGAAUUCUCGACCUUGGCAGAAGCGCUUGAGAGGGUCAAGGGGCAGGGCAUCUCGCAUGAAUGGAAGAUCCCUCACUGUCUUCGGAGGCUUCGUUACCUCUCCCUGCUUGGAGAGCCCGGCUUGUGGAUGGACUCGGAGCGCUUUUACUUGGGCGGGUUGGGUCCGCUGGAGAUACGGUUCUAUGCCAAAGGGCUUCGAGGUGGUGACGGGCAAUGCUCGCUGGCGUUGCGUCUGCCUUCGGAGGCCGCCGUGAAACUUGCCCUGCCCAUGAUGGUGGACCUCAGCGUUGCCGGGCGGACGCUGCGAGCUGGUCAAACCACAGAUCCUGAAGGCACAGACUGCAUCACCUGGCUUGCGGAGUCCCUGGGCCUCCUGGAAGAUCACCUGGCUGAUGAGGGUGCCGACUUGCUCCUGGCGGCCGAGCUUCCGCUGUUGGCAGCACCGGCUCUGCUGGCCAACACGAGCUGUGCAACGCUGUCGCCUCCGAGCACCCGAGAUGACCUGUGCCCUUCCGACAUCACAGAGGAGGCUCUGGGAACUGACCCGACACUUGCAGCAUUGUCGCUCGGGCCCAUGUCAGCACCUCGAACCAGAGAUUCGCGUGGCGUUCCGAUACGAGGGAACGAAGCCGUGCAGUCGGCUGCGGCGCUGCCCACUCUUUUGGGGCAGACCGAGCAGCCCAGCGGGGUGUUUGCCCUGCGCAGCUCCUGGGGCGCUUCGUGCCCUCUUCCGGUGAGCAAGGCCUCCAAUCCAUUCGAGGAGCAGUUCUCGCCCUUGGGUUCGCUGUUGGGCCACGGACAAAGGAAUCCAGUGGCCAUUCCUGCAGACGAUGCAGCCAGAUAG